AUGUCCCAAAGAUCAAAAGACAACUCCAACUUCUACCCAAAACAAUUGAUCGAAUCGGAAAUAACCGCCCACAAAUAUGCCAUCAACGAAUAUCAAAAGGACCUCUCCUACAACCUUUUUCAAAUGGCAAACUCCUUGAAACCUGACAUAAACCUCAUCAAACUCCAACCAGAGCUAAAUCUAAAACUCAGAGUCGUCCUCCUCAACUUCCUCUUCAAAAUCGCCAUCAAAAUCAAAGUUUCCACCGGCAUCUACUACAAAGCCGUCAAACUCUUCGACAGAUACUGCUCGAAGAGAAUCGUCCUCAAAUCCCAAGCACAGCUCGUCAUCUGCACUGCCCUAUGGAUAGCUGCAAAGGUCUCGGGCGGCUGCAACCACAUUAUAAACUCCAUAAACCUCCCCACAGGCAACAGAUACAUCGGCCCCUCCAAAAGAGCAAGAAUCCCAAAACUAAUAGAAUUCGUUCAACUAUGUGGCCCAGACUGCCACUACGACACUGGCAUGUUCAUCCAAAUGGAAAGACAUAUCUUAACAACCCUCAACUGGGACGUCACUGAACCCUCGGUUUACAACUGGUGCUUCAGCCUA